CCGUCCGUCCGUCUCAGAAACACCUUGAAGGAACUUCCUCAAAUUUGCUACUAACAUUCACCUGGAUGAAAUUAUUAGAUUUUGGUGGUCAGAGGUCAAAGGUCAGUGUGACCUCAGCAAACACCUUUUAGACAUUACUCAAGACUUGUUGAGAACCUCUCACAUGAAUGCUUCAUAUUCUCUCUGACUCUGGAGAAACAGGGAUGUGACCUGGAACUAGUCUGAGUGGCGGAGGGAUACGACCACGAGGAGCUGGUUCUAGUUUUGUUGGAUUUGUAGAAAUGGGACACAUAGUGUAGCUGGUAGAGAGAAAAGGGGGGGAAAUAUAAACCACCUGUACAACAACAAUACUUGAUCUAUUGAUGUAAGAUGUGACACCACGGCCUGAGUACGGACCAACAGGAAGUUGCGUCUGUUGUUGGUCUCAUUGGAAAUUCCAGUCUAAAUAACAGGGAGUUUGAAGUCCCCGACCUGCCAACCAGCAGGACGUGAUGGGAUUUGACAAGAAGAAGAACAACAAACAUCCUCAGGCAACACACGCAGCAGGUUAGUUAUGGACUUCAACGGCACCUGGAAGGUUUAUUCUGAGGAAAACCUGGAGGAGUUCCUGCAAGUAGCAGAUGCACCUGAAAUGAUUGUGAAGAUGCGUAAGGAGGUGAAACCGGUGAUAGUGAUCGAGCAGAACGGCAAAGACUUCACCUGCACGAUGAAGACUCCCGUCUGCACCAAAGUCCAUUCAUUCAGCAUCGGGAAAGAGUCGGAGGUGACGUCUGUGGACGGCAGGAAGUUCAAGUGCACUGUCAGAGAGGAGGGCGGGAAGCUGAUCGCUCAGACCGAUAAGUUCACCUCUGUCCGAGAGAUCCAGGGCGACGACAUGGUCGAGGUUCGUGUCUUUGGUUCUUUUAAAAGCUGCUGUGAAGACGAAGGAUUCAGGGUCAGAAUGUGAAUCAUGUUGAUUUGUGUCUCUGCUUCCUCACUGCUGCAGACCGUCACUGCUGGAUCUGUGACCUUCAUCAGCAGAAGUAAACGAGUCUAAUCAGCAGAUCUCUCAGCCCUUCUCAGGCAGCAGGAAAUUAUGAACAAAACUAAAUACAUUUAUGAAUAAAUUUGAAUGAUUUAAAUGAACCAACAUGUUUGUUUUAUUCAGUCUGCUGCAUGGACAAAAUAUAAGACCACCGGCUACUGGAGACAGACAUACUGUAUAAAAGGCCUUUAAUACAUAAUCAAUCAAUCGAUCAAUCAGUUAAUCAAUCAGACUGUGAUUGUACAGAAUAAAAGUAAUAAAAAAAACAA